GUCAUCCUCUACGUCGUUUCGUAUCUUGGGGCAGCCUCGCGCCGUCACCUGUGAUGAAAGUUUUGGGCGCCGCGUGAGCUCAAACGGAGAAGCGCACGCGGGCUUCCCGGUUUAAAAAGGAGUCUCCCGCGCGCGUGACUCUGCGCCGCUCCUGACCGUGGGGGAUGAGGGGCGCGCGGCACACCGGUUCUGCCGUGUCACGUGACCUCCCGGGACAUCCGCGCGUCUGACCCGUCAUGGGGGGAACCUUCUCCAGCCUCCACGUCGUCAUGCUCGGUCUGGACUCGGCGGGGAAGACCACGGUUCUGUACCGCCUGAAGUUCCACGAGUUCGUCAACACGGUUCCGACCAUCGGCUUCAACGCGGAGCGGGUCCGGCUGGCCGGCCCGGGGGCCCCCAGCCGGGGCUUCAGCUGCCACCUGUGGGACGUGGGGGGCCAGGAGAAGCUGCGGCCCCUGUGGAGGCCCUACAGCCGGCGCGCGGACGGGCUCGUGUACGUGGUGGACUCCGUGGACGCGGAGCGGCUGGAGGAGGCGCGCGCCGAGCUGCACAGGGUCGCGCGCUCCCCGGAGAACCAGGGGACCCCGAUGCUGGUCAUCGCCAACAAGCAGGACCUGCCGCGCGCGCUGGACGCGGAGGAGAUCCGCGCGCGGCUGCAGCUGGAGCAGCUGGAGGCCUCCACCCCCCUCCACCUCCAGCCGGCCUGCGCCAUCACCGGAGAGGGGCUGGAGGAGGGCAUGGGGAGGCUGCAGCAGCUGAUCCUGAAGAGGAGGAGGAGGAGGAGGAGGCAGUGACUGAUGGAGACCUCACUGAGGAGAUCCAGCGGUUUUCAUCUAAACUUUUAUUUCAUAAAAACAUUUAAUUCAAGGAGGAAAAUACACCUUUUUUCCUGCACAGUAAGGAAUUUUUGGCGCACUUUCACAAUAAAAGCUCCAGUUGGAUUGUUUUAACCGAAUUCUGAGGUUAAAACUGGACUAACUACUAAUGUUUUCUUUUUAAUGAAAAAAAAAUGUUAUUGCUCCAAAAAGAAACAAAAGUAACCAAAGAAUUGGAUUGAAAGGGUGUCUCUUCCUCACAGAAACCAUUUUUUUAAUUAUUUUUUUCUCAUCUGGAAGAAAAAAGUUAUUUUUUAAAUCUUUUUCAUAUGGAUUAGAAACUCUAAUAACAUAUCAAGUGUUUUAACUUUCAGACUACGAGACUCUUAUUUUGAAAAAUACAUUAAAUUAGAAAGAAAAACUUUAAAAUGUUGUCCUUUUUUUGUACAAGUAUUACUAAAACGGUCAAAAAAUACAUUUGUUAGGGAUUUAAAUCUCUAUGAUGGGGACUCUUAUUUAACUCAUUAAGUCUUUACAUAGAAAAACUUGAUUUUUUUUCUAUAAAGGUAUUACCCAGACAGUCAAAUUAUACACUUUUUUUUGUUUUAAACUUCCAUGAGCGGGACUCUUAAUUUUGAAAACUUGUUAAGUCUUGACAUGGAAAGAAAAAGUUUAAUUUUUGUCUUUUCUUUUCUGUAAAACUAUUAGUGAGUCAAAUAAUACAUUUUUUAGUGUGUCACAUUUCCAUGAGCGGGACUUUUAUUUUGAAAACUAAAUUAAGGACAGUAUUGAUGAAACUCUUCAAAUUUUGAAAAAGCUAUGUGUGAUAUAUUAAGCAAGAAAAAGGUUCAUUAAAAAUAUAUAUAUAAAUUAGACAAAUAAUUUGUGUUAGAAUUUACAUGAAAGAAAACUUUUAUUUUGAAAACUCAAUCAUGUAUUGACCAAAGCCUUACAUUUUGUUGGUAUGCUGUAUGCAAGAUGUAUUCAAAAAUUAAAAAGUUCUUUUUUUUUCCUAUAAAAAUAUGAACUAGACGGACAAAUAAUAAAAUAUUCACAUUUUUAAAUUUCCAUGGUAGGGGACUCUUGUUUUGAAAACUCAAUUAGGAGUCUUGAUGAACGUCUUUAACGCUCCAAACAGAUUUGUGUUACGUAUUCAAGAGGAAAAAGUUAAUUUUUGUAAAUAUUUCUUUCUUAAAAAAAAAUAUAAACAUUUAAACUUUACAAUUUUUUUUUUUUACUUUCUGCUACAGGGGACUCUUAUUUUGAUACUCAAUUAAGUUUUGAAGAAAACUAUCAAUUCUUUGACUAUAUCAUGUGAUGCAAUCAGAAGGGAAAAAGUAUAUUUUUGUUGUUUGUUUCUAUGUGAAAAAAUACUCAGACAGUCGAAUAAUACAAUAUUUAUCCAAAUAAGAGUCCACUUUCAUGGAAAACAAUAGAUUUUAUGAUAUUUGUCGGUCUGGUUUAUAUUUUAAGGGAAAAAAGUAUUUUUUUAGUCCUUUUUUCCCCUCCAAAAAAUUUAAAUGAGUGAGUCAAAUAAUAUCAAAUAUAUUGUUUUUAGUUUCCAUGACAGGCAACUUUUAUUUUGGAAAUAUAAAUAAGGCCCAAUGAAUGCCUUCCGCUUUUUAAAAGGCUAUGUGGUAAGUAAGAAAAAAAUCUCAUUAAAAAUAAAACAUUUGAAUAGAAAUAUAAAGCAGUCGUUUAAAUAUAUAUAUAUAUAUAUAUAUCUUUUGGUAGAACUUUUCAUAAAGGAAUACUCUUAUUUUGAAAACUGUCAAUUUAAAGGAUUUGUACAUAAACUAAAGCCAGUGUAAAAAAUUUCAAGUGCAGAAAAUGUUUACAAAAUUUACCCAAUAUUUUUUAGAAAAGUUACUUUGUUGUUUGUUCUCUGCUUUUGUUGUUAUCUGGUUGUCAUGGAAACCUUUUUACAUCUAAAUUACAUCUGAAUGUGCUCAUUUUUUUACAUUUUCAUGUUUUUGGGCUCAUGGAAACAAUCAUCCAGGACUGUUUAAGUGACAAAAAUAUGUAUUUUUUUAAGCAUAAUUUCAUUGAAUUAAGGAAAUGGGUCUUGAUGGAAUCAUCUGCAUUCACACUGAGCUGAAACUUUCUAUCAAAAUUAGUAAAUUUACACCAAACAUCAAUGACAUGAAGACUUCUUACCUUUUAGAGUCAAAAAGUGACAGAAAUUCUUUCAUAGAGAUUUUUGUUUCAAUAACCAAGCAAAGAUGAAUUUGUUUUUCAUGUUUGUAGUUCAUUGUUUUAUCAUAUUUGUAGCAAAAACACUUAAAAAAUCAUCACAUUAUUACCGUUUUGGUUUUUAAAACUGUUGAAUCUAAGACUUAGAUUAAAAAAUCUCAGCCAGAAAUGUUAGACGAACAGUAAGCAGUCAUCGGCGUAUCGAGGGAUUCUGAAACGCGGAGGUACUGAAGGAACGAGACAGGAUGUUGAAUGUUAUCCCAAAACAAUAAAACCAACAGGAACCUGUUCAGAUUCUUGAAAAAACAACUGUUUUAAAGUGUUAAUCUUACCUGGAAAAAAACGGUAUCAAGUUUACUUAUGUAACUCAGAGAGACAAUUUUAUUGGUUUUUUAUUUGUUUGUUUGCAGCAAAAAUGCAUUUUUUUUAUCUAUCAAAACCAGCGUGACAGUUAUCAGUUAUUAUGAGAAAUUAAUAAUGUCCACUAGGAAUUCACAAAUCAUAUGUUUAAUGCAAAAAUGUAAAAUAAGAAUAAAAAAUUAAGUGUUAUUUUUGGGAAUAAAGACUUUUUAAAAUAAGCUUUGGUGUUUAUGUGCAUUGAUUAUACAAACCAUUUAUUUUUUUUAUCUUAGUAGUAACAUCUACUAUAUAUGUGUUUGAAUAUAUCAUAACAAAUAAAGAUCAAUGUAUUUGUGUUUAGUUUAUUUUUGUUGUUUAGCUAUAGAAAGUGAACACUUUUAUAUUUUAUAUCUUGUUUUUUAUUCACUAUUUUUAUUUUGAGUAAGAAUAUA